GAAUCGUAAAAUAUACAACAUUCAACAACGCCAUUUACUUGGCUGAAUCAGAUUGCCCGCCCAACUGAUAAGGAUCAGAUGGAGAUUUAGCCUGAUGACAGACAGUAUCAUCUGCAGUCGACCGGUUGAUGUUUGCACAUCACACAUCGUCACCGUGCUGCAGCCAGUAGUGUCCGUCCGAGCUGUAGAGGAAAAAUCAUUCCCAGAACGUGAUCCGGCGGCCAUCGUGACGAAGGAAGCUCUAAGCCGUCAGUAAAUCUCAUUUGCUAUGUGAGGUUGAAUUUACCCAACUCAGCAGGUGCAUCCUGCUCCAUUCUGUCCGAAGAGUGCUACGCGAAAUGGGGUUAAGCCGGUCGGUAGUUGUGGAAAAUUUUCCAUUCAAAUCGGUUCUAAAUCAGUUUUUGGGCGCCAUCGCUGUUAACAUCAUCACAAUCAGCCAUGGGGCGGCCAUCGGAUGGGUGUCGCCGUUUUUGCCCUACCUUCAAUCUAGCGAAUCACAUCUGACGUCCGGCUCGGUGAGCAUCGAGCAGGCAUCCUGGAUUGGGUCUCUCCUGUGCAUCGGAGGGAUGAUUGGAGCUCCGUUGUUUGGGCUGCUGGCUGAUCGAUUCGGUAAAAAGUUGGGCCUGCAGCUAAUCGUAAUUCCUCAUGUGGCUUUCUGGCUAUGCAUUCUCUACGGUCCGAACGUGUACUUCAUCUAUCUCGGUCGAAUCCUGGCCGGCAGUGGAGGAGGUGGAAUCCUGCGAGCAAUCCCUCUAUACAUCGCCGAUAUCGCCCACAGCAAACUACGGGGAAUGCUAGGAUCGGUGUUGGUCAUUUCCCUGAACGUCGGAAUCCUGUUGGGAUUUGUGCUGGGCGAUUCCUUGUCAUACUUUACCGUGCCGUACGUGAUGCUCGUGGCGCCCACCUUGUUUGUCGCGUGCACCUGCUUCCUCCCAGAGACGCCCUACUGUUUGUUGAAACAAAACCGAACCGAAAAAGCCGAAUUAUCCUUGAUGUUCUACCGGGGAGUUGAGGGCCACUUUCAGAAGACCGAUGAUUUUAGGAAAGAGUUUGAGCAGAUGAAAAAAUUGGCACAACUGACAGAAGACCCAUCCGAGGAGCAUAAACUGAGCUGGCGGGAUUUCUGCACGAAGCAAGCCCGCAAGGGACUCGGAAUCGGAAUCUUUUUGAUGGCUCUUAAUCAAUUUUGCGGAGCACUGGCCAUCAUCACAUACUCGGCGAACAUUUUCACAGAAUCCGGCUCUGACCUAUCCCCAAACGUGUCCUCAAUCAUUGUGGCGCUGAUUCAACUGACCGGAACGGCGGUGUCCUUUAUUUUAGUGGAUAAUUUAGGUCGUAAAAUCCUGCUGCUGAUUUCCACCAUAGGAACCACAGCUGGAUUGUUUUCCAUGGGUAUUUUCUCAUUUCUACAGCACAGCGGUCAUGAUCUGAGUGAGCUUGGCUCUUUACCAAUUCUAAGCUUAUCAUUUACUAUUCUAUUCUCAUCGUUUGGUAUUCUACCACUGCCGUAUGUUAUUCUAGCCGAGGUGCUGCCACAGAAAAUUCGUAACGUUGGCAGUACAAUCAGCAUACUGAUGAUAUCGACGAGUGCAUUCGUGGUACUCAAGCUUUUUCCAAUCAUGAUCGACCGAUUACAUCUGUAUGGAGCGAUGUGGUUUCACGCCUCGAUUUGCGCUAUAAGCAUUUUUGUAAUUUUAUUUGCGGUACCAGAAACGAAAGGAAAAGAUUUGUUAACCGUCGAGGAGAAGCCAGAUAUUGUCGAGCGAAAGGAGACUGACAUUUAGAAUAUAGUUGAUGCACUUUACCUAUA